GCUCGCGAAGCCAGAGGAUCACAUGACGUGACACCGCGAGCUCGCUACUUCCUGUAGCGGACUGCCGCUCGCGAAGCCAGAGGAUCACAUGACGUGACACCGCGAGCUCGCUACUUCCUGUAGCGGACUGCCGCUCGCGAAGCCAGAGGAUCACAUGACGUGACACCGCGAGCUCGCUACUUCCUGUAGCGGACUGCCGCUCGCGAAGCCAGAGGAUCACAUGACGUGACAACGCGAGCUCGCUACUUCCUGUAGCGGACUGCCGCUCGCGAAGCCAGAGGAUCACAUGACGUGACAACGCGAGCUCGCUACUUCCUGUAGCGGACUGCCGCUCGCGAAGCCAGAGGAUCACAUGACGUGACAACGCGAGCUCGCUACUUCCUGUAGCGGACUGCCGCUCGCGAAGCCAGAGGAUCACAUGACGUGACAACGCGAGCUCGCUACUUCCUGUUGCGGACUGCCGCUCGCGAAGCCAGUUCACGACCAACAGCGCGCGCUGCGACCACCUCGGCCCUCCCAAGAUGCUGGCCCUCAUCAACAGGCUUCUGGACUGGUUCAGGUCGGUCUUCUGGAAGGAGGAGAUGGAGCUCACGCUGGUGGGACUCCAGUACUCCGGGAAAACCACCUUCGUCAAUGUGAUUGCGUCCGGCCAGUUCAGUGAAGACAUGAUUCCCACAGUCGGGUUCAACAUGCGGAAGGUCACUAAAGGCAAUGUGACAAUAAAGAUAUGGGACAUCGGGGGACAGCCUCGCUUCAGAAGCAUGUGGGAGCGCUACUGUCGCGGAGUCAAUGCUAUCGUUUACAUGGUGGACGCGGCAGACCGAGAGAAGAUGGAAGCUUCCAGAAACGAACUCCACAACCUUUUAGACAAACCACAGCUCCAAGGAAUUCCUAUUCUCGUACUGGGCAACAAACGAGACCUACCCAACGCACUCGAUGAGAAGCAGCUCAUUGAAAAACUGAAUCUAUCUGGCAUUCAGGACCGAGAGAUCUGCUGCUAUUCCGUCUCCUGCAAAGAGAAAGACAACAUAGAUAUCACACUGCAGUGGCUCAUCCAGCAUUCGAAGUCACGGAGAAGCUGAAAAUGCCGUCGUUGUCAUCGUCCCCCCCGUCCCCCCCGUCCCCCCCCCACCCUCUGGCCGCAGCCCGCUAAUGGUCCCGGCACCUCGACAUCCUUUCCACUGCCUCUGUGAAGUAUUCCAGCUAUCUGCUCACCACCCAGUACACUACCGUAGAUGUGUAGCCCCCCCUGUACAGCACGACCGCCAAACCCAGCCGAAGAGUUGUUUCAGUACUUUGUUGAAGGUGGCUUAUCCUUACCCAUCAUGCCUUACCGCUGGGUCAUUAUGAUGAUCUGUGUCUGACUUUCCUUUUUUGUCUUUUAAAAAAAAAAAAAAAAUUGGUUGCGGUUCCCUUCGACACCAGAAUCUAAUGUUACGAUGUGCCGUCCCCACAGCUACACUGGGACGGACAUCCUCCUAAAACCUACAUGGAAACGUGACGAGGUCGCGAUUGUAGUUUAUUUUUCUUUAAAAACGGUUAUUUGACAAAUGACGACGGUAUCUUGUGCUCUUAAUCGUAAAUUCCCAAUUUUAAGAUAUUUGCAAUGUAGCCAGUCUUUUUUUAUUUUUAUUUGCCGGCGUGUGGAAGUAUCCAUUUUUAUUAAGUGACUUAAGUCAAAGUUUACACGAAGGUAAGACUGUGAGCUUAAAGUGCCUUCGACUAAGGGCGUUCCAGUCAGACGGCUAUUGCCCAAUGUCACUUCUAACCCGCCGUUAUCAAUGAUCACGUGGUCCCAGCAGGGGAAGACGGUACUAGCAACGGGAACGUUGAGGAGCGACGUAAUGGGGGGAAAUUAGAGCAAUGUCACAUUUGUUUUGUCAGUCGACGGCUUCCUCGAAUGCCGCUUCACGCCCCGGAGCCUGCGACACUUUAAUGUAGCUCGAAAAAAGUCUUUUCUUGCAGUUCUCAGGUUGUUGACGGACUUUUAAGAAAAUGAUCCGAAACACACGGGCCGGAUGACGGAAAGCCGGCGUUGCUCGUGACGACCGAGCUUCCCGGAGAACAGAAGACGAACCGUUUCGUUCAAAGCGCCGGAUGCUCGACGUCAUAAAUGCCUGAUGUCAUCACAGUAUCGCUGUGUAUUAAUCUGACCCAUGCCGAUGACGGCUAUAAUGCUCCACGUAGACCGACAUGGCUUCUGCAUUUCACUGUAAUUUUAUUUUAUUCUACAAAUCCAUCCAGUAAUCCUAAAUGUCCAUCGUCGGGACCGCAGCAGUGAGGAGCGUUACAAUGUGGGUGAUUUGGUUGGGAAAUGCUUUUUGUUACCUGUGUAAUAAUAUAUAUAAUAUAGCCUAUAUGCAAUUUGUAUGCGCAUGUGCUGAACUUAAUCACAUUCAAUUGCAGACUUUUGUAAAUAAGAUUUAGCGUUUUUAUUCCAACAAAUGCUCCUGUAGAUGUCAUGCAUUUAUUUUCUUUUUCUUUCCACUUGUGAUUGCUAAUAAAUAAUUUUUUUAUUUUUAAGGUUUUUCCAAGUGUGGCAUCCAGUGGUCAAUGUAGAUAGUCACCACUAGGUGGAAGCAGAGGGCUUUGGAAGGAUGACGGGAAAGGCUUUAUUAAAGUCUCUGCCGAC